AUUUACUGCCAUCCAAACAAAACGCAUGCAUCUCAUAAGUAGUAAAGUCGUUUUGAGAGUGAACACCAAUAUUAAAAUAAAUUAGUUCUGUACAGGUUGGGCAGCUCCUGAGUACUUCAGGUAUAAAGUAUCUAAUUCUGAUCCCACUCUCCCCGAUUUACUUAGCGUGCAUGGAUUUGGAAGGACUGCGUGUACCACCCUCAGUGAGUAGGGAGGAGGGUGUGAAGAGAUACUAAGAGUGGAGUAAGUUUGUUUCAGUGAAGUCUUCUAGGCAUGACGGAUUGCUUAAAGCACAUUGGAAACUGUAUGUUUCAUAACCAGGAUGGUGGCCUGAUCCUAGAAGGACCCUUUUCAGACUCUACUCACGUGGAAGACAAAAUACGGGUACAGAAAAUCAUUCAAGGUUCAAGAUCUGGGGCAAUAAAAAGUGUCUCAAAGUGCAGAAAAUUGCUGGUUUCUGGAAAUGCUUCUGUGGACCUGGGCAGUGACCUCCUUCAUCCUGCCCUUGCUGUCCUUGUAUACCUGCAGUGCCCAAGUAAAGCAGACUCUUAAGCCCAUUUUCACUCACAAACCAUUCUUGGUAAUAUGGAAUGCACCUACCCAAGACUGCAAACCUCGCUACAAAAUAGACGUGAAUCUCAAGGUCUUUGAUGCUGAAGCAUCACCCAUUGAGGGCUUUGUGAAGCAGAAGCUGACUCUGUUCUACAAAGACAGGCUUGGACUGUACCCUUUCUACAAUGAGAAUAAUGUUUCUAUGAAUGGAGGGCUUCCUCAGAACAGCAGCCUUAGUGAACAUAUUAACAAACUUCAGGAUGAUGUUGAGAAAUAUACUCCUCCAAAAUCGGAGGAUGGUCUUGCAGUAAUUGACUGGGAAGAGUGGCGUCCCUUGUGGAUUCGAAACUGGGAAGCUAAAGACAUUUACAGGACAAAGUCUAUUUCAUUGGUCAGUUUAAAGCAUCCAGACUGGUCUUCAGAAAAAGUAAAACAAGAAGCCUUAUUUGAAUUUGAGACGGCUGCCAAAGAGUUCAUGGCACGUACACUGCGUCGUGCAAAGUUUCAGCGCCCUAAUCAGCUGUGGGGCUAUUACCUGUUUCCUGACUGUUAUAAUCAUGACUACAAAAAGAACUGGGAAAAUUAUACAGGUCGCUGUCCAGAUGUAGAAGUAAGUCGAAACGAUCAACUAAUCUGGCUGUGGCAGAACAGUACAGCUGUCUACCCAUCUAUCUACCUCGACAAGCAGUUAAAGUCGUCUGAGAAUGGACGAAAGUUUGUGCAUUACCGAGUGAAGGAGGCUAUGCGUGUAUCUAAUCUCCACCAUGAAUCAUUUUCCCUUCCUGUUUUUGUAUAUACACGUCUCACUUAUCAAAGCUCAUGGGAAACCCUAAGUGAGGUAGGAAACCAGAAAUAAUUUAAGUCCACAGAC